AUGUCGACCGCUCGUUUGCUCCCGGCGCUUUUGGCAAUCCUCGCCCUCUCAUGCCAAGCUGACGCCAGAAAGAUCCAAGAAGUCCCCGCCAAUCCCGCCAAUCCCGCCAACCCCGCCAAUCCCGCCAACCCCGCCAAUCCCGUCGACCCCGCCAAUCCCGCCAACCCCGCCGUCCCCGAAAACCCUGCCAUUAUCACCGAUCCCGUCGCCCCCGCCAUCAGCACCGCCGCCGCGCCGAGCCCAAAAUCGAGUGGCCCCGCCGGCCACAAGGUCAAGGCGCCCAAUCCCAAGGGCAAGGCUCCCGGCGGAAAGGCUGCCCCCGGCGGAAAGUCUGCUCCAGGCGGAAAGGCUGUUCCAGGCGGAAAAGCCGCCUUCGGCGGCGGAAAGCAGGCACCGGGCGGAAAGCAGACGCCAGGCGGAAAGCAGGCGGCAGGCGGAAAGCAGCAGGGCGCAGGCGGCGCAGGCGCAAUCCGCGGACCGAAGGCGCAUCCCGCCCCCAGCCCCGCCGCCAGCCCCAACCCCAGCCCCGCCGCUGGUCCCGCGGUCGCCCCCAGCCCCAGUUCCGCGGAGCACAAGAGGAAGCCGCUGGGGAAGCAGGUGGGGAAGGUGGGGACCGUUCUCCGCGGAUCUUCCGUCAUCACCGCAUCCGGCGGCGACGAGAACGCGACGGGCAACGCGAUCCUGACCGUCUAUAAGAGCGGCGCGAAAAUGAACGUCAGGUAUAUCCUAUCCGUUCGCCGCGUGUCUGCGGCCCAGCUGCCGAUGGGUGCGACGAUUAACAGCGGCGGAAGCGGCGCGACUGGUCCCGUGGUGGUGGAUUUCGCCCGGGAAGGUUGGGUGAACACGACGGGCGUCGUUCGCACGCAGGCUGGCGACGUCGUUCUCGCGUCGUCCGUCGCAGAGAACUCGACGGAGGCGGCUGUCGCCGAAGCCGCGGACGACUAUCUCAGCUAUGCGACGACUGGAGUGUGGGAAGACGUCGCCAACAUUCGCACGGCCUCUGGCGAAGCCCUUUCCACCGUGAUCGAGAGAAUUUUGGCUGACCCGGGCAGCUUUUAUCUGGUUGUGUCAACGCCGAAUUUCAGCGAGGGGGCUGUGCGCGGGCAGCUGCGCAAGGGCACUGGCGCAACUGUGCUUCCGCCCGGCCACCAGCGCCAGUGGGAGCAAAGGGGGAAGAAGAAGGCGGGCAAAGGGGAGAAGGCGCAACCCCCCCGCAACUAG